UUCGUUGUGAUCCGCCGCCGAGUGUAUAUAAACGCCCCGGCAAGCUGGCAUCCACUCAAAGUGUUUCUUGAAACUGACCGGGCGCGUAACGAAAUCCCAGAAUAUUUUCGAAACAUAAAAUCGAAAAAGAAAAAACAAACGUAAAACCAUAACAAAAAGUGUAUCUAAGAGAUACACAGUGUGCCAAAAGUAAUACAAAAACAAAAAAAGUUCUUUAAACCGACUAACUAGCCGCUUCAAUCAUAAGAAUGAAGUGCCAAUUGCUUUUCGUGGCCACCGUGUGCCUGGCCAGCGUUUGGGCGCUCCCAGUGCCCGAUGAGGAGGUGGCCAUUCAGCCGGAUAGCGGUGCCAAGGCCGAGUUGCUGACCAAGACCGUGUUGCCCACUGCUGUCGAGCCAGCUCCUUUGAAACCGGAGGCGGAGAAGACACCGGAACCUAAAAUCGAAGCCAAGGCCGCUGCUCCAGAACCCACUGCUGCUGUCAUCACUCCAGCAGCUGAGCCAGCCAAGGAGAUCAACAGCGUGGAACUCAAGUCAAGUGCGCCCGACGUAGAGACUGCCCCGGCCAUUCCCGAGAAGAAAAACCUGCCCGAGGAGACCAAGCCCGCCCAGGAAGCCGUUCCCGCCGAAGCCGAAAAGAAGCAGGAGAAGACCGCACGCACAGAAGCGGAACCCGUUGCCGUCGAGGCCCAGCCCCAGGCUACCAAGGCCAUUGAACUGGCUCCCGAAGCCCCUGCCGCCAAUGCCGAGGUCCAGAAGCAAGUUGUCGAUGAGGCCAAGCCCCAGGAGCCCAAGAUUGAUGCCAAGUCCGCCGAAGAGCCAGCCAUUCCCGCCGUAGUUGCCGCCGAAAAGGAGACAGCCGCCCCCGCCGAGCAGCCUGCCCGCCAGGAAAGGAUCAACGAAAUCGAGCAAAAGGAAGCCAAGAAGGAUGCUGCCGCACCAGAGGAACCAGCCAAGGCCGCCGAAGCUGCACCCACUGCUGCCCCUGAGCUUGCCAAGUCUGAGACCAACAUCCAGGUGAUUGCUCCUGAGAAGAAGUCCAUCGAAUCCUCCCCUGCUGCUUCUCCUGCCGCUCAGGCUGCCCAGGCCAAGUCCGGUGAGGCCCCCAAGCCAGUUGACCAGCAAAAGAACACCGAGACCGUGGCCGAAUCCGCUCCAGUCCUGAAGACCAAUGCCCCAUUGGCCCCAGCUGGUGCCACCAAGGUGACUGAGCCCGUCAAGGAGCAGGAAAAGGAACAGCCAGCCGCCGCCGCUGAGACCAUUGCCAAGGCCUUGCCAGAACAGACAAAGACCGAGGAGACAGCAGCUGUUGGUGCUCCAGAGCCAGCUGCCGCUGCCCCUGCCCCAGCUGUGCCCGAGGCCAAGAAGAUCGAUGAAGCAGCACCAGUUGCCGAGCCCGUGGCCAAGAGUCCGGAAGCCAUUGCCGAGCCCAUUGCCCAAGCACCACCAUCGGCUGAGCCAAAAAAAUCAUCGGAAGACAAGUCGGAUAAGUCCGAGUCCAAGGCCGAUGAUUCCUCGGAGUCCAAGGAAUCAGAGGAGAGCAGCGAAUCGAAGGAGAAUUAGGGAUAGUAAGAGCUUUACAUCUACCACCUUGCCUUAACCCACACACAACACACAACUCCACCACUACCUUCCACCACCACCACCACCACCACGACCAGAAUAACCACCAAGUCCAGCAUCAGCACCACCACUUUCCAAAAUCCCCAACCAUUGCACCCACUGCUACGCCUUGGCAGCGCGUCUUAAUAUUACGAUCGUAGUUAGUGGUAUCCUUAGUUGUAAAUGGAGGAGAACUAAAUGACCCCACAUAUAUGGAAGGGAAGAGCUGAAGAUGGCGCCCAGGAACAAUAGAACCAAGUGGAUCUGGAUCAGAUGGUCAGAUGACCACGCUUAGGCAUAACAAUUCAACACACAAAAAAAAAAAAACAACAGGACAAACCGCUAAGAUGGCAUAAAGUAAUACUUAUAAUUAUAAUUUAAUUAAUGUAAUUUUAAUUAAAUCUUAGUCAUUGCAAGACAACAAACCCAUAUACACACCCCUCCUAAAACCCACUAACCCACCCUUGCACCCCUUGAAUCCUUGAUCAAUCACCUGUCCUUCUUAAAAGAUAAAAUACACACCCACAAGAACGAAGCCUGCACUCUCGACGAGUAUCGCCCAUGGAUACAUUAUAAAUGAAAAACCCUUUUUUUUUAUUUGAGUUCUAACAUAAUGAAACUACAUUUAAUAACGAUAGUGUUAUAACGUAUAUAUGAGAAGAAGUAUAUAUGAUUUUAUAUAGACUGAGAAAAUUCUUAAAUAAAAAUCGAAAAACAAAAA